AAUAAAUUACACCUGAUCUGUCGGAUGUACAAUGGACUGCCGGCAGAUUAAGCGCCGACGCCCAACCGCGAAAAUUACUGCGGAACAUGACGGUUGUUUAACUUACGAUUUCGCUCCGCGGUAUAUCUUGAUGAAAUGUUUAUUUUACGCCGUGUCGCCGGGUAAUUUGGGUCGAGAAAUUACUGUCUGUUUGUUAUGUUUGAUAUUCGUGAUUUUUUCGGGAUGCUGCCGAUUACCAUGGAAAAAUUCUUUACUUAUAAAAUUUUGGGAAUAAUUGUUGUCGUGAUGCCGGUUGUGUUAUUGACUACCAGUCCAACAGUAUACGGCGCAAAGAAGCCGCAGACCGCCCGUCCCCGGCAGUACGGCUACUGUCCGCCGCUGUACAACUUGCAGUGCAAGUACCACUGCUACAUCAACCAAACCAGCAACUACACACUGACCUACCAGGAUGCCGUGGAUCUCUGCCAGUCCAUCAACGCCACCAUGCCCACCAUCCGCUCGGCCGGGGAGCAGCGCUGUCUGGAGCGCUACCUGUCGGGGACCUGGUACAGUAUCUGGCUGGGACUCAGCAUCGCCGAGAACCCGAACAGUGCCGGACAACACGGCUGGCAGUGGGCCGAUACGAAGGUCAAGUACGGCGGCUUCACGAAGUGGUCCAUUGGGGAACCACGGCCUAGUACGGUCAGCGACCCGCGGGAAUGCGCCGAGAUGAGCGCCGUGGUGGGACAGUGGCGCGCCACCGAUUGCGACACUUUCCGCUACGGUGUCCUGUGCGAAACCCCCAGUCUACCCUUUCCCGAUAUGACAACGACCGCGGCGGCCGUUACAGAAAGCGAGCCGGAGAACCCGGAGGAUGACGAAACGACCACGGUCACAACAACAGUGACAACGGCGACGACGACAAAUGCUACCACAACAAGCACGACUGUGACGCCGCCAACCACGACGGAAACCAGUACAACGACCGCGGCAACCACCCCAGCCAACACCACACAGAUCUCCGGUAACACAACUGCGAUGACGUCACUGCAAUUCACCGACAAUCCCAACGUCAAGGGCAACGUGUCGGCCAUGUUCACCGACGCCAUCCUGGACUUUAUCACCAGCGCCCUCAUGUUCACACACCGGAAGCCCAACUCCACUACCAAACAUAACGUGCAACACAGCCAAAACGUCUCGGUCAUCAUCAACAACUCGACGGAUUUCAACGCAACGCUGACCGAAUCCACCACGACACCGAUUCUUAGUUUAAACAAGGCAGUGGACAUUUCCACAGUUGCGACAACAGUGUCAACCACGGCACGGGCGGCGACGAGCGAUGGAUUCGUGCUACCAACGGAUCUCCCGGUGUUCGACACGAAUGCAAAACCGACAAUGGUGACAACGACAGCGGCACCAAGUGUGUCGUCGGUGUCGCAAAAUUUGUCUCCAAAUGUGUCGCCAACAUCGUCAAGUUUCUCACAACUGUCGCCAGGUUCGCCGACUUUGUCACCAAUGUCACCCAGCGUCCAGUGCUUCACCAUGGACCGUUUCACCCUGGAAUGCCGACGCGGCCACCUCAACAUCAGCGAGACCAACAUGGAACUGAUCAGCGCCACCACGGCGGUGUACAACGGCGACAACAGUUUCGACUGCCGCACGGUCCAGUUCAAUCUGCACCGCUGGAUCCUGGAGCAGUUGGGCGUACGGGAGCGGCGCUCCAUGAACGACAUGGUGCGCAUCGUGUGCAGUCGCGGCAGCUUCGACGUCAGCGAUCAACGUCCGGGACUGUCCGACACGACGUCCAUCGAGUUCGCCACCAAUCUGUCGGCCAAGUGUAUGACGUACUUUACGGCAUUUAUCGAGUACAUGAUUCGUGUGUACCGGUCACUACAGGACGCCGAGAAAAAAGAUGGCGAGCAGUGAAUUUUUAAAAACUGUUUUUGCUUUAUUUUGCGUGCCAGUAUUGUACACAUAAAUACGAUUGUUAAA